UUAUUUUCAUCUCCACCUCUCCACCACAGCCAAAUGUUUUUGGCAAAAUAAAUUUUACGAAACCAUUCACCAUGUAAAUUUAAUUACUUAUAACGGACAAACAAUAUCAACAACAACAUGAAACUUCUUAGGUAGCCAUGUACGAACAAUAAAAUUCCCUUUAGCCUUCAACUCCAAAUGCCAUAGAUCGCCAUACCGACGAACCAUAACUGCAGUUAAAAUGUUGAAAAUUGAUAAUACCGCCGCUAAAUCCAAUACUGCAAAAUGUGCAUCGGCCGUGAAAACAGCUCUAAGAAAACGGGGAGAUCAGUCACUUCCAUCCAUGUCACAGAGCAAAAAUGUAGGUUUACUAAAACGUGAUAAAAAAUAUAGCCCUGAUAUCAAAACUGGCAUUAAUUUGAAGAAAGCCUUCAACGUGGAAAGAGUGGGAAUAAAAAAAUCUGGCUCUGUGAAAAAAACAAAGCCAGUAAAAUCGAGCAUACUCAGUAAAUUAAACCUUAGCCAAACUGAUAAUGAGUUAAACCGACAUCGAGUAAAGAAAACACCGAAAAGAAGUCAAGGCAAACUAAGCAAUGAUAAAUUAAAUAAAGAAAAACCUAAACAAGGGAAAUCUAAUAGUGAGUCUAGAACUAGCCUAGAGAUACAAAAUAAGGGGCAAAGAAAAUGUCCAGGGAAAUUGACUGAUAAAACAAAAAAUUCUCCGAGUCAUUUAAGGAACUUAGAACGCCGAAUAAGUACUAAGAUUUGGCAAAUAUUGAGUCGCGAUUCAUUCCUUUUGGAUUAUGAUAAAUUCAAUAGCCAAAUUCAGGCAUCAGAUUCAGAAACGAAGAGGUACAUAAUAUCUGUAAUAAAGAAAUGUAAUAAUAAAGAGUUCAAGAAAUGUAAUAUACCGAUGGAGCCUGAACCGAGUAUAGAAAGUAUAAGCAGCAGUAAGGACAACAGGAAGAAAGCAAUGAAACGAAGAGUGAGAAGACAUCUCUGGCAGUUGGCUAAAACUUCUAUACGACAUAGCGCUCAUUGGACUCAGUUUUUAGCUGAAAACAAUAUAAUACUAGACAACAUAAACAUUGACAAGAUUGACCUCAGCCUCAUCGAUGUAGACGCUUUGGGAAUUGAGAACAAAUUACUAAAGCGUACAAUAACGUGGCUCCUUAAAUGAAAUAAUGUUGAAAGUGAAGCUUACGUGAUAAUAUAGUUAAAUAUUUGCGUAACCCAAGAUAUAUAAUAAAUAAACGAUAAAAAAUGUAACCGUUGUUUUUCUUUUUUGAGCUCUUUCGCUUUUCUGAACGUAAUUUGAAAAAUGUCACAUUGACGGCUUUUUCACGAUGUUACUAAAAUGACACGUAAAGAACACCAAACCAGCAAAAAAAUAUAAUUUUAUUAAAAUAUGCCCUUUAUUUCAAAAUACAAAUACACAGAUGUUAAGUUGGCAUGACGAAUGAUGAGAGAAAUUGAGGCAGAGUACGAGUAGAAAUUUUUGACGAGUCGAUGUAAAAUAAUCUGGUUCAAGCAUUGCACAAUUUCCAUACUAAUAUGAAUAUACCUUUAGGGAAAUGUUCAAACGACACACUAAAGGUUGUACAAAAUAAUUUUAAACAUCUUGAAAAUCCUUACUUCUCCUUGCGGAAUAAUCUACGUAGUGAAGUCGAUGUGACAAAUAAUGAACGCACUCCUUUGCCGACUCAAAUCAAAAACAUCAUUUUACCAAGAAAAGUCUAUAAUGUUGGAAGGAUUCAAGUAGAAAAAUCAAAUUUCGUAAAUAAAACUGGACAACGGAAGUCACCAGAAGAUAAGAGACAUCAGGAAAAGGUAAUUCACGUGCAAACACGAAAACGUGAUAGGUCUAAAAGUAUUCAGAGACUCACUCAAGAGAACAAUAAAAAAUCAAGUAUUGCGAACGAAAAAUAUGCACAAAGUACAACGCAAAGGAUGUAUGAGAAGACACACCAAGAAUGGAACCAAAGCGAAAUGAAGCCUAGGAUCUCAUCAGGCCAUAGACAGAGUAUGGAAUAUCAAAUAAAUAAUAAAAUAUGGGAAAUAUUAAGAAGUGAUCUUCCCAUAGACUGGGACGACGAGAAGCAUCCGUGUCAAGUCAAUCUCACAAACUCGGAAAUGAAUAAUUAUAUUAUAUCAGUCAUCAUAAAGAAUAAUAAAGAAGAGUUAAAACAUUAUAAUGAUCCUUGUGAGUCGCAGACCAGCAAAGAUACUAUAAGCAGUGGUCGAUAUCGCCAAACAGAUACGAGUGAUAGAAGGAAAUUCAUUAAACGUGAAAUUAGGAGACACCUCUGGCAGUGGCUAAUGGUUGCUUUACAAAAUAACGAACGUUGGAGCAAAUUCUUUGCAGAAAACCAUAUUGCUUUUGAUAAUAUCAAUAUUGUCGAGUUUGACCUCAGUUGCAUAGAUGUGGAUGCGCUAGGAAUCGAGAACAAAUUGCUGAAACGUACAAUAGCGUUGCUCUCUAAACGAUAAGCCAAGCCAGUCUUAAUAAUUAACAUGUAUUCAGAUAAACUUUAUAAGCAACGUUAAAUCUUGUGGGAAAUUAAAAAAAAAUUAAGUAUUAAUAUUAUAUCUAUGACAUUUAUUCAAUUUCUUAGAAAAAAAUAUGGACUCGAAAGUAUAAGUAUUUUGUCAACCGUACCUAUAUUUAUAGGCAAAAGUUAAUUGAAAUAUACAUCCAUUUAAGAUAAGGGUGAUGCAAAGGCUAUGUGGCAGUUCGUGCGUUGCGAUCGCGAUAUUCGCCAUUGCACUAUUUAUGGCCAUCAUAGGGAAUUGCAAGGCUAAUUGCAUAGGCCAAUAUCUCUUUCAAAAUGCUCGGCGAAACGAACCUGAAGCAACUACGCUAGACAACUUAUCUUAUACUAUUAGACGUGGACCUUCAUUUCCGAAAAAAGCUAAAGAUAAAACUACUGCAGGACGGCGACGUAACCGUUGCUGUCCAUACGAGUUCGAUGGCAAUGACUGCAGGGUCCUGGACGACCGGGUGCUCUGCGGGUACGACAAGAAUGUUGGAAAACCUAAAAGUAAAAGACAAAUGGUUGAAAUGACUGGGGGCUGUAGAUUACGAGGUGGGAGGUUGGAAUGCGGGUAUGCACAGGGUCCAUACACAAAUCCGAGGAGACCACCGGUUUGGGACAACCCACCGUUUAACAGCGGUGCCGAAGGCGACGGAACAGGUAACGGCAUCUCUGGUGAGAACUCAGGAAGGGGUUCUACGAGAAGGCCAGCUGCGGUGACUAAAUGUAUGGAAGUGAAUAACCGUAUUGUUUGUAGGAAAGUAUAGUUCCUUCGAUACCUGUCAAUAAAUAUAGUUAUACAUAA